GAGAAGAGGGGACCUACGGAUUUCUAAGCAUCCCGCAGUUAUUAUGAACCAUUAGAUAACUAUAGCCUAUGUAGAAAAGUGUUAUUUGUCUGCAAUAGGUCGCGUUCAGGAUUUAUUAUUAUUAUUAUUUUUUUAAAAAAAAAAUUGAUCUAUCCACUUAUUAAGCAAAAUAGUUUUGGUAAGGUUUUGCUUCUCAGUAUUAAGGAUCGGGCAAGCUGUAGGUUCUGCAAUGUCUUUCUGUGACGCACGGACUACUAAAUUCUGCUCUCCUUGAGACAGCAUUAUAUCAAAUGGCUAUAGAUCUUGCGCAUAUGGCUGACACCGUACAACACAGGAGCUUUCAUGUUCAUUUGGGAAAUUGCACAGUGCAAAUGUUUUCUUAGAGCAAAGCGAUGGGUAAUUCCUAAGCUGUGACAGCAGAAGAAAAGGAGUCAAGACAGAGCGAGGGGAUAAAAAGGAGUGCACUUGUUGUUUGGAGAUGAUUUUGAUAUUUCUCUUUUUCUCGAUCUUGGAUGGAGGGUUAUCGCAGCUGCACUUCUCGGUACCGGAGGAGCAGGAGCGCGGGACGGUUGUGGGAAAUAUCGCCGAAGAUCUGGGGCUGGACAUCACCAAACUUUCCGCGCGCCGUUUCCAGACCGUGCCUAGCUCGCGCACGCCGUACCUGGAGGUCAACUUAGAGAACGGCGCGCUGGUGGUGAACGAGCGCAUCGACCGAGAGGAGAUAUGUCGCCAGACCGUCCCGUGCCACCUACACCUCGAAGUGUUUUUGGAGAACCCACUCGAGCUGUUCCGCGUCGAGAUCGAGGUCAUGGAUAUUAACGACAAUCCGCCGAGUUUCCCAGAGACGGACAUCACCGUGGAGAUCACCGAGAGCGCCACACCGGGCACCCGCUUCCCGGUGGAGAACGCCUUCGACCCUGACGUGGGGACUAAUGCCUUGAACACAUACGCCAUCACCACCAACAACUACUUUUACUUGGACGUACAGACGCAGGGCGACGGCAACCGGUUCGCGGAGCUCGUGCUGGAUAAACCCUUGGACCGAGAGCAGCAGGCGGUGCACAGGUACGUGCUCACCGCCGUGGACGGAGGGCAGCCGCCAAAGACCGGCACCGCACUGCUAGUGGUUAAAGUACUGGACUCAAACGACAACGCGCCCACGUUCGAUCAAUCCGUUUACUCUGUGAGCUUGCGCGAGAACUCUCCAGUUGGCACGCUCGUUAUUCAGCUGAAUGCCACCGAUAUGGACGAGGGCCCGAACGGAGAGAUCGUUUACUCUCUAAGUAGUCACAAUCCGCCGCGUAUUCGGGAUCUGUUUAACAUCGACUCGCGCACUGGGAGGAUUGAAGUGACCGGCGAGGUGGAUUACGAGGAGAGCAGCACGCAUCAGAUCUACGUGCAGGCGAAAGACAUGGGGGCGAACGCCGUGCCUGCGCACUGCAAAGUUCUGGUCAAACUCAUCGACGUGAACGACAACACGCCAGAGAUUAGUUUCAGCACGGUAACGGAGUCGGUGAGCGAGCAGGCUGCCCCGGGCACGGUGAUCGCUCUGCUAAGCGUCACUGACCGGGACUCCGGCGAGAACGGACAGAUGACCUGCGAGCUGCACGGCGAGGUUCCGUUCAAACUCAAGUCGUCUUUCAAAAACUAUUACACGAUCGUUACGGACGGCCCGCUGGACCGCGAGAAAGCGGAGUCGUACACGCUCACGGUGGUCGCCAAAGACAAGGGGGUGCCCUCUCUCUCCACGAGCAAGUCCAUCAAAGUGCACGUUUCUGACGAAAACGACAACGCGCCUAGGUUCAUGCAGACGGUUUACGACGUCUACGUGACGGAGAAUAAUGUCCCGGGCGCUUACAUUUACGCGGUGAGCGCCGUGGAUCCAGAUGUUGGACAGAACGCCUAUGUCACUUACUCCAUAUUGGAGUGCGAAAUACAGGGCAUGUCCAUCUUAACCUACGUGUCAAUCAACUCCGAGAACGGCUACUUGUACGCUCUGCGCUCUUUUGAUUACGAGCAAAUUAAAGAGUUUAGUUUCAUGGUGCACGCCAAAGACUCCGGUGCGCCAGAGUUAACUGCCAACGCCACUGUUAAUGUCAUCAUAGUGGACCAGAAUGACAAUACCCCGUCUGUAAUUGCACCUUUGGGCAAAAACGGCACCGCGAGGGAACAUUUGCCCCGCUCAGCCGAGCCGGGAUACCUGGUGACCCGUAUCGUUGCCACGGAUGCUGAUGAUGGCGAGAACGCGCGCCUGUCGUACAGCAUCCUCCGGGGAAACGAGCUCGGGAUGUUUCGGAUGGACUGGAGAACCGGCGAGCUACGUACCGCGCGCCGGGUCUCCAUCAAACGGGACCCGCCGCACCCGUACGACCUGUUGAUCGAGGUGCGCGACCACGGCCAGCCGCCCCUCUCGUCCUCCGCGAGCAUCAACGUUGUGCUUGUGGACAGCGUUGUGGAGGGCCGGAGCGGCGACCGAGGGUCAGUGAAGUCCAAAGAGGGCUCGCUGGACCUCACACUCAUCCUCAUCAUCGCUCUCGGCUCCGUGUCCUUCAUCUUCCUCCUUGCCAUGAUCAUGCUGGCGGUGCGCUGUCAGAAGGACAAGAAACUGAACAUCUACACGUGCAUGGCCGGAGACUCGUGCUGUCAGUGCUGCAGUCGCCAAGCGCGCGGGCGCAAGAAGAAGCUCAGUAAAUCGGACAUCAUGCUCGUUCAGAGCACUAAUGUGGCCAGUACCGCGCAGGUGCCAGUGGAAGAGUCGGGCAGCUUCGGCUCGCACCACCAGAAUCAGAACUACUGCUACCAGGUGUGCCUGACGCCGGAGUCUGCCAAAACCGACCUGAUGUUUCUCAAACCGUGCAGUCCAUCCCGGAGCACAGACACAGAGCACAACCCGUGCGGGGCAAUCGUUGCCGGAUACGCGGAUCAGCAACCAGAUAUCAUCUCUAACGGGAGCAUUUUAUCAAGCGAGACCAAGCACCAGAGAACUGAGCUUAGCUACUUGGUGGAUAGACCCCGUCGCGUUAACAGUUCAGCGUUUCAAGAGGCAGAUAUCGUCAGUUCUAAAGACAGCGGGCACGGAGAUAGCGAGCAGGGAGACAGCGACCAUGACGCCACCAACCGGGGCCACACAGCAGGAGCUGAUCUUUUUUCCAACUGCACUGAAGAGUGCAAGGCUCUGGGUCACUCCGACCGUUGCUGGAUGCCCUCCUUCAUGCCUGGCGACGGUCGCCAGGGAGCAGAUUACCGUAGCAACCUGCACGUCCCAGGAAUGGACGCGGUGCCGGACACUGAGCACGCAAAAGGAUUUCCUAGCACCUUCCGCGUGGACAUUCCUGAAAAAGCGUGAGUUUGCUUGGUAUCGCGGCCGGCCAAAAGCAUCAAGGGUUUCUUUUUUAAAUUUUCCUCCGUUUCUUUUUGCUUUUUACUGAACUCAAACACGGCCUAUCCGGUCGUUCCCAGCUCUGUCGGACAUCUGAAACAGAUUCAAUCGGAUGCGAUCCGAUGACGUAAGGACCCUGAGAAGUCUCAGCAGGACUGAGAAACCUCGCCAAAUCUUCUCCGAAAAGCUGGAUGAGAAGGAAGAACAGAGGGAGAGAGCUCAAAAAAGGGAUUAGGAGUGAUGGAGAGACAAAAGGAGAAAAAUGAAUGAUCAAUGGACACGGUUGUUUCCUCACUCUCUCCGCUCUGUGAUCAAUGUGUCUCUGUUUACAGUCCACUGUAAACUAUACCAACUAUCUGAGCCCUUUACCCGUUUCGACACACCCACACACACACACUUGUACAAACGUACUGUACAAAGAGCAGCCCAAAACUAUGUGCAUUAUAAACUCAACUAUCCGUUUUAGACUUGAUUGUUUUCUAUAGUCGUUUAUUUUUUUCUUCUUAAUCAGUGUGGUCAAGUGUUCUUCUGAAGUUACUAUCUUUAGAAAAAGCGUGGAUGUGGGGGACACACAAAAAAAGGAAAAAGUCAAAAAAAAAGAAAGAAAAAAGACGAUUCAGUCCUCUCAUUGGCCAACGGAUAUACUUCAUCUGACAUUGUGGUUAUCUUCACGUGUGCAAGUGUGUACUGUUCUCUUUUUAAGCUUCAAAUAACUAAAAAUAUCUCUAUAUAUACAUAAACGUGUAUAUAUAUACAUAUAUAUAUAUAUAUAUAUAUAUAUAUACUUUUUCUGAACCUGUGUAGCCCAUUGGAUAGUUUCCUAAACACCAUAUUGCCAUAAACAAAUACAAAGUGCUGAAAAGUCUUGCAUUAAAAUUGGGGCUUCAAAUCGUGUGGCCUCUCUGUCUGUAAGUACAGAA